UAUGGGACGUGGGGGUUUCAUACAACCUGUGGAUUGGCUGCCUGAGAGCAUUUCAACCAAUGAAAGUUUAAAACUAAUCCGCGCGGGGAACGUAAUAGGAAGUAUGGUACAAAACACAAAUGCUGUCUACCGAGUAAACAACAUGGCUUUGAAUGUGGUGUUUGUAAUGGAUUGAAUGGUUUAAAAGUUUAAACUAAGCUACAUUCUUCAAUAGCCAUAUUCUGACCGUCAACAUGGCUUUUCAAGGUUUUUCCGGAGUGAAACACGACUGUGCUGAAAGAAAUCAGCAACUGAUUUAAUAUUCUCUGGUGAAAGCCAUGUUUCUGUUCCUACAGUCUUUACGGUCUAUGCCUACACUAGCUAGCUAGGCAGGACAGACUAUCUUAACGGUUGUCACGAGAUAAAGGGGCUAGCAAGCUAAUAGAGAAUGUCUUUGGAGGCGUCAAGUGUGUUAGCACCGUCUCAGAGAGCAUCGCUGUCAUCUCUUCUUGCAAGCCGAUCUGGAAAGAGGCCUAGAGAGCAUCUAUCUGAAGAGGAGCUGCAGGAAGCUGCUAUUCAGCUUCUCAACAGCAACCAGAACCUGUCCGAUCUGCUUCUGGAAGUGGGACAACAAAGCCCCAAGUUUGGGAAAUGUAAUCAUUACUGGGAUUCUGGAGAAAGUGAUGCACUUGACCACUGCUCUGUUCAGAAAACUGGAGCUUCUUUCCUCUUGAGUGAGCUGAAGAGGCAGUCUCAGGAGCUGGGGAUCCCUGUGGGUGUGCUCUCAGUGAGGGUGGUGCUGGAGAGAGUGCUAGAGCUGACCGCUCCCUCAGAGAGAGAAGAGGAUGGCGUACUCCUGACCUCAGCUCAGAGGACCCAGCUCCGAGUGCUGCUUCAGUCCACGAGAGAGCUCCUCUCACUCGGAACCUUCAGUCCCAGGCUUUUAUGGCAGGAAUAUUGGAAAUCACAGCCUAAACUGGAGGUUGUGUACUAUUUACAUGCUGAGAACAUGCUCUCCAUGGAGGACCUGCUUGAAAGUGACGAUGGAGUUAGGAGCUGGUUGGUGAAAGAGUUACAGGCCCUGAGUGGGUUAGCUUCUGCCCAGAAGGAGGAGGGAGAUGCCAAGCAGAAGAUCCUGUCAACUGUCAUGUGCGCUCUGGUACGGGCUGGCUUUGAAGAAGCCCAGGACGCCUCUUCGUCUUCCAGAAGAUUCUCUCAGCGUUGCUGCUCCGUGCUGGACGACAUGCUCUGCUGGCUGCUGGAUUUGCUGAGCUCCAGCCAGGGCCCACAGGAGCAGGAGCAGGAGCAGGAGCAGGAGCAGGAGGAGGCAGUGGCGGCCUGGGUGCGAGCGCUUGAGGCCUCUCUGACCCACGCCUCUGUUGUAGGCAAGGCUCUGUGUAAUUUCUCUACGCGCUCCCUCACACACAUACUCACAUACUGCCCGCGACUCAAAGUGUCAGAUGCAGUUGCCAUGCAAAGCAACUGGACCUUUGCCAAAACCAACCCACUCUUGACAUCUCUGUUCUGUAAGCUGUGUGUGCUGUUCAGUGUGGAGGAGCUGCUCGCCCAUUUGCAGCAGGUGCUGGAGACCCACGAGGUCAACUGGCAGCAUGUCCUGUCCUGCCUGUCCACCCUGUUGGUGUACCACUCAGACACACAGCCAUGCCUCAAACAAAUGCUGUCGGGACUCUUGAGCUCGGCAUUUGAAACCUAUGAUCUUGAGAGCAUGGUCACUGCCUUCCUCUUGGUUCGUCAGGGAGCACUAGAGGGCCCAGCUGUGUUCCCCUCCUACAGCGACUGGUUUAAGCUGGCCUUUGGAGGGGCCAGUGGUUACCACGGCAACAGCAAGAAGUCACUCGUGUUCCUGCUGAAGUUUCUGUCUGACCUGGUGCCCUUCGACCCGCCACAGUACCUGAAGGUGCAUAUUCUACACCCCCCAUAUGUUCCAGCCAAGCACCGCUCUCUUCUGCUGGAGUACGUGUCCCUCGCUAAGACCAGACUGGCUGACCUGAAGGUGUCAGUGGAGGAAAUGGGCCUCUAUGAGGACGUGUCUGGAGCUGCUGCAACUGUACAGCCAGAGCAUCAGGCCCGGCAGGAUGUGGAGAAGGCCAUCUCUCUGUUUGAAAGCACUGGGAAGAUCUCUGCCAUGAUCAUGGAAGCAAGCAUUUUCAGGAGGCCAUACUUCCUGUCCCGCUUCCUGCCCACCCUCCUCAUUCCACGAGUGUUGCCUGUCAAGGCAGAUGCCAGAAUGAACUUCAUUGAAGCCCUGAGGAGGGCUGAUAAGAUCCCAGCAGCUGUGUACUCAUCCUACACAGAGUCCUGCCAGAGUGAGAGCCAGAGGCAGCAGAGUGGUGUGGUGAGGCCCAUGGAGGGCAGUGAGGCUCUUCUGGCAGUACUGCGCUCUCAGCUGCAGGACCUCAGGAAGCUGCUGUCUUCUGGAGCUAAUCAUGGAGACGUGUCAGCCCAGCUGGCCCGUGUCUCAGACACACUGAGCGGAACGUCCCCUGAGCCCCCAGAGGAGGCAGUCGGACGCAACGUCAUUCAGCUCCAGACGGGGGCGCUCUCUCCCAACGAACUCCAGACCAGAGUGGUGAAUGCCCUCCUGAGGGGCUUCUGCCAGUGUCUCCUGGAUGCCUCCAAAGUCAGUCCCCCCAAUAGGCAGGGAGCGUGGGCGGCCCUGUUCGUGAAGCUCCUGCUGGGCCACAGACGGUUGUUCACCGCCCUCCUGCAUCGCUUAUGGGACCUGCUGCCCCACCAGGGUCACUCUUUGAGUGCGACUCAUGUGCUGGGACUAGCAGCUCUGCUGGUGCAGCUUCAUGCAGCUGGCCCUCAGUGCCCCACGGUGCAGCCGCCUUCGUCGUCCUCCUCCUCUUCCUCCUCCUCGUCCUCUGACCCGUGCAGCCCCCUGCCUGUGGCCGAGGCCCUGAGUGCAGUCCUGCCGUACCACACCAGUGAACACAUGAACUUCUGUCUGAGGUUUUGUGUGGCUGCGGUUAGCUACAGCCUGUGUAGCUCCCAGCCUCAGGAUCUCCAGCAGCACGUCCCCAGCAGCCUCUACAAGAAGCUGUUGUACCUGGUGCCCAGACUGCUGCCAGAGGCCCGGGCAGGGGCAGGGGCAGGGGCAGGGGCAGGGGCAGGGGGAGAGGGCCGAGGCCAGACGGAGCGUGUGCUGGAGGCUGGAGGAGGGACGGAGGAGCAGUGGAGCCGCCUCACGGACCCCACCGCCACUCUAACCAAGUCUGUCCUGGGGCUCUGGAGAUACGGGCCCUUCCACUCCCUGCAGAAACUGCCAGAGUAUCAGUUAUCCUUUCCUGAAUGGCUGGCUCUUGAACUCAGAGUGCAGCGAAGUCAGGAUGCUCUUUCUGACCCACAGAGGCUUGAGUAUGAGCAGUGGGUGUGUGAGGAGCUGUACCUUCCAACCCCACUGGAGGAGGGGGGGUGUGGGGGAGACACGAGGAGAGCCUGCACACUCAUCCUCAGCGCCAUCAUGGACAUGAGCAGAUCCCAGCCCUGGCAGAGUCCUGAACACACCGUCCCUCUCACAGACACCUGCCUCCCGGAUGUGCUGUCUAGACUACAGGGGAUGCUUUGUGAACUGCAGAUGACUCUGCGCUUUCAGAGUUCAGGGGCAGCAGAUGGACACUUCCUCUUUGAUGUGGUUGCUGGGAGAUGCGCCCAAACCCCAGACUCCCAGAACCUGGGCAGCGAGCUGAACCUGCAGCAAACACUUCACACCUGGAACAGAGUGAUCCUGACCCUGCCAGCUGUAAGUCUCAUCGCGGUGAGAAGAAGUGAGGGGGUCAGGAGGACUCUGGACUGUCAGCCUCUCCUAGAGCAUGUGAACCAGUAUCAGAGAAAGGUGUGUAGUCCAGCAGGAGUCCUUCCCUACCACCUUACUGCUCACUUCCUUAGGGGGAUUGUUGGUGCCAGUGUGUGCUGUGAGCGUCCGGCUGCUGCCAUCAACAGAGCCAUGUCUCAGAUAGGCCAACACUGCCCUCUGCUGCUGGCCUCUGCUGGGCACUGGUGGGCACGUCUCUCACCUGUGCUGGGUUCUCAGUGGAGGCGUCUGAGUGAUGGAGAUGCUCUGCCGGAGAAGCUGCAGCUGCUGGCUGACUGCCACUCCUGGGCCUGCAGGUGUGUGAGCGUGGACGCCGGUGUGGCCGCCGUCCCGUCUGCUCCUGCGGUGCUCCUGGCUGCCUGUCUGCACCAGCAGUGGACCGGCGGCCCCGAGAAGCUGGCCCAGCUGCAGCAGCAGAACCCCCACCACCACCGGCCGCUGCUGGUGUUGCUGUUGUUCUUCUGCAUUACUGACCUCCUGACUGCUUAUCUCAAUCCUCAGGGAGCAGAGAGUGUGGUGCAGGCUCAGCAGCACUGCUGUGACAUCCUGCUGCUGGUGGUAGACUCUGCAGACUGGCUGCAACUGUUCCACUCACAAACCACUGAGCAAAGCCAGUACCAGCAUGUCACCAUUAUAAGCACUGAAGAGAACAACAGGUUGAUGCCCCUUGCCUUCUACAGCCUGGUGCCCUCUCUGGAUGCAGCGGUACUAAACCGGGCAGUAAGAGCUCCUGGGUUUCUCUACACUGCUGCUCUGAGCUACUGCAACCUGCUACAGCUCUUCCUGGAGGGUCAAACCCCAAGACCCCAGCCAGAGAACUCGCCCCAGCAGGUGGAUGUGUCUCAGAUUUUGGCCAGGGCUCAGCAGGUGCUUCUAAAGGUCAUCUCCCUGAGCUCGCCAGGCUGCCUCUCACACACCCAAAGAACUGAGCUGGAGACCUUGUGUGGGGAGCUGGACCCAGAGGUGGCGGCCACCCUCUCCAUGCAGCUGAGCUCUCCAGACCUCGGCCCCGCCUUCAGUCAAGAGCUGGACUUCUUCUGAAGAGAGAACACUGGUGGAUGUGGGACCACGCUCACUGAGAAACACCUGUUAAUAUGGCCACACUGAAUCACACCUCAAUGGAACACUUUUCAAGAGGCAUAACGGUUCUAGUGUGGGAGGGAAAUUCCUUUCUGAAUGUAUGAUAAGAGGUUAACUGUUUAAAAAAAAAUAUGUGUUACAUAAUAUUUUUUCUAUGUAUUUUGCAUUAAGGUUCAUUGGAAUGUUGCUGCUUUUAUUUAUUUGACCAAGUAUAAAAAGCAAUCCCAAUGCAA